GUUAGUAAAUAGUCAGGGAAAAAAAAUAAAUAAAUAAAAAAUAAAAAAGUGUCACCUCUAGUCAAUUGUACUAAAACGCGUAUGCUUCUACUAACUGUUUUAAUGUAAUGAAUUUGACUCUUCUUCUCUGCUCCACCGCUCAUUUUUCCACUCAAAAUAAUUGAAUUGUACGAAGACGCGUCAUCUGCUUUAUAUUAACAUUUCUUGUGUUCUUUCCCCUUCGCAUACAAGUGUCAGAUAUCGAGUUUGGCGUGGAUGAAUACAGAGAUUUGCAUCCUAAUUGUAGAACAUGGAAUCUAAUUGCAGAGUAGAACAUGUCACCAUUAAUAUCGAUGAAAAGCUUGCUGGUCAUUCUGAUUUGCCUCGUGAGCGUUGCAUCUUCAAAGUGCAUGAAAAACUACGUAAGGUAAGUCCAGAAGCAUAUGAACCAUCAAUUCUUGCAAUUGGUCCUUACCACCAAGAAAAACCUAAAACUCCAAGGGAUGGAAGAGUUUAAACUACAGUACCUAAAAUCACUUCUUCUACGAAAGGAGGAGAAAAGCGCAGAGGGAUACGUAACUGCAAUGAGGGAACUGGAGGAAAAGGCACGUAAAUGUUAUGCAGAACCUACAGGCCUUGCUUCAGACGAAUUUGUGCAUAUGAUGCUUCUUGAUGGUUGCUUCAUCAUUGAACUGUUUCUGAAGUCGUUAGGCAUGGUUAGAAGAGAUGACAAUGACCCUAUUUUUGGAAUAGGUUGGAUGGGCAACUGCUUAAGACUUGAUUUGAUCUUAUUCGAAAAUCACCUUCCUUUUUUCGUUCUUCUCAAAUUAUAUGAUUUGAUUGAGGGUCCAGAUCCAGAAAUGUUCAUUUUGAUUGCAUUAUUGUUCUUUGAGACAUUUUUAGGUCAUCUAGGCGAGCCUAGAUUUGACACGAUCAGUUCUCUUCAUGAAGCCCAACAUUUACUCGGUUUUCUACACGGUAGUAGAUGCCCUCGACUUGAAACGGGAAGAAACCGGGAAAUAAGGAGAAGUGAAUGGAGGAGCAUACAAUGUGCAUCUCAACUUCAAAAGGGCGGAAUUAAGUUCAAGAAAGCUGAAGGCAGGAACAUGUUUGAUAUUACAUACUCUAAUGGCACAAUUAGAAUCCCACAUUUGACCAUUGCUGAUCGAACAGAGUCCCUCUUCAGAAACCUCAUUGCGCACGAACAGUAUGGUGAUGAUUUUAGUGUUUUGCUAUAUCACCAGUUAUUGCAUCUUCAUGGAUUUAUCACCUUCGAUAUGAGUUAUUUCAACUAUGGUAACAUUUUCAAUAAUGUGAGUAUGCAUUGCUGGAAACGUCGACACAGAUGGAUGGCGAAGUUAAGGCGUGAUUAUUUCAAUAGUCCGUGGGCACUCAUUUCGUUUCUUGCAGCCUUUGUAUUGCUUUUGCUUACUAUCAUACAAACAGUAUGUGCUGCUUGGUCAUAUAUUCCUCUUUCAUUUUUAGGUUAUAAUCCCAAUUAUGUAUAAUCUUUUGGAGUAAUAAAAUCCGUGUCCACGGUCACUAUCAAGGGAAAUUUAGGGAGACUUGUAUGGUGUGUGGUUCUGCAUCAUACGCUGAAC